GAUCACCAUGCCGCCCAAGAAGGCAGCACCCAAGGUGAAAGCUACACAGCUGAAGUUUACGAUCAACUGCCAGCAGCCGGUAGACGACAAGAUCAUCGACCUCGGGGACUUCGAAAAGUUCCUGGUGGAUCGGAUCAAGGUGGAGGGUAAGACUGGCAAUCUCGGCGACAAGGUGAGCAUCAGCCGCGAGAAGGCGAAGAUCCACGUCACAGCAGAGGCACCAUUCUCCAAGCGCUACCUGAAGUACUUGGGGAAGAAGUAUCUGAAAGCACAGAACCUUCGCGACUUCUUGCGCAUCAUCGCGCCGAGCAAAACUUCAUACGAGAUGAGGUAUUUCAACAUCAACGAGGCGGACAGGGACGACUCAGACUGA